AUGCCGAAGCUCAACUAUCUCGAGCUCAACAAUCCUGUGAAACAGCCAAAAUUCUUCCAGUCCAUCAGGAUACAGAACAACUUCCCUUUCCAAAACUUGACUGAGUUCGAACUCAAUGCAACGUCAGCCGUCAUCUCUGCUGCGGCACGCGUGCUACCGAACGUCGUGAAACUUGGUCUGUGUCUCCAAGACGGAAACGGAUCCUGCUUCAAAGAUCUGUCAGAUAUGCCCCGCCUCUGCAAGUUGAAAAUUCUCGGGACUAGAGAAACCACAUUCGCUCGACACGAACUGCUUGCGUUACGGGCGUUAAAUCGACUCGAAAAGCUUACCAUCAAGACGUCAGAAGGAAAUGGCCUGCACGAUAUGCUAGCACUACAAUUUACCAACUCUGACUUUGAUGCUAUGGUUUCUGGAAUGCCAGAGUUGAGAAAACUCGAGUUCGAGGUCAUCUGGGAAAACCGUUCGGUUUCAAUCUUAUCGAGUCUAUCAGAACACUGCCCGAAGUUAGAGGAAUUGGACCUGGACGGAUCGUAUGAUCUACAAGCCUUGAACGACACGUCAACAGUCAUGUUUCCUAAUCUGAAAUCUCUCAGAAUAGACGACUGUGUAGUCCACUAUAUUCCUGUCCGUUUGACACCACUCCAACUGGGCCGCCUAAUAGACAAUCAUGCGCCGAUACUCGAGGAUCUGGCAUUCAUGGUCGACUUCGAUGACAACCCGGUCUUGUUGGCUUGGCACGACAUUCGUGGUUGA